AGAGCCCAUGUCCCUCAUCAAGCAGGAGCACAUGAAUCCCCCACCACGCACCAUCACCCCACUACCACCGCCGACACACCAGAUUACAAUCGAGGAGUAUAAGGAAAGGGUGAAGAGGGACUAUUACCGGAACGCCACAAAAGACACGAGUCUGAAGAAGGUUGUGCUCUCGCUGAUCAAGGAUCGUCCAGGGAUGUGGCAGAACGGCAAUCGGUUUCAGCUUGAGAACUGGCGAGAACUGGGAGUUGAUGUGUAUCAGAGGACUGGACAGAUUUUAACGACAUGCACAGGAUGUUCGUGGUGGGAAAAGCCGUACUCAAACAGAAGAUCACCGUCUGCAUCCGGUACAAGAAAUUGGAUCGCGCCGCUACCGAGGCGGACCUCUGGAAUUGGGAGUUCUACCGUCACUUUCUCUACUACCGUGAGAUGCUCGAUCGGUUUGAGGCAAAUCUUCGCGGCAAACAAUGGACCGGAGAGGAUCAGCCGACCGACGACGAUGACGAUAUCAUCUGUGAUGGGAUUUUCGAGGUGGAGAUGGUUGAUAGAACACGCGAAGCUAAGCAAGAGGAAAAUCACGAGAAUCACGAAGAGUACCACGUCGAGGAGGUCUCGUAUGCUCAGGAUGAGAACGUUUAUGAGCAUCAGCAGCAGAAUCGGCAGAACUACCCAAUGCACGGCGGAAGUCCCUCAAGCAACUACUCCACGAUCUCGGUUGAUUCUGUCAAACGCCGCCGCUCAACCACCGUCGACUCUACCGCCGAGCAAAUCGGUGAAGAAAUUGACCGACUCAUUCAGCUGUACCCGCAGCGUGAGAUGCUCAUUAGGCAGGCGUUCUUCAAAACUAUCUUUGCGUUGGAGGAUGAGACGGUGGAAUUUUCGAAUCUCGGGGAUUUAUUCGAGGAUCUCGCCGAACAGGAGAACUUUAAGAGGCGCCGACGAAGCAGGGCUCAGCGGCUGGAAUAAUAAAUUUUAUAAUUUUUAUUUAAUUGCUAUUUAAUUUUCGUAUCACGUCUCUCUUGCUUAUGGAUUCUUGAUUUUUGAUCCAAUUUUGUCAUAUCACGCGGUCUCACUACCUCGGUGGUAAAUUUGAAUUCACUUGU